AUCCUCGCUCCAUUCACUGACGUAUUCUCAGAAAUUCAUGCCUACUUAUAUGUUUUCUUAUGCGUUGUAGGAGUAUUCGCCAACAUCGCCAUCGUCGUUGUCCUAUUACGGCCAGCAAUGCGGCGGUCUCCAUUUAAUCUUUUCCUUAUAUGUAUCGCCAUCUGUGAUGCUACUUUAAUGGCUACUUAUCUUCUUUAUAAACAUGUGAGUCAACAAAAAUCCUUUCCUUUGUAUUUGUACUGUUUUGACCAUCUGGACAGGACAUUAGAUUUAUCCAAAUUGUUAUUGUUUAGCGAAAUAAUCGUUGCGUUACCUUUGUGCAAAGAAGUUACUGUAGGAGCUCUCCCACUCAAAAUUUAUACGGAAGUGAAAGUUAAAGGCUCUGAUAAAAUCAAGAUUGAAAAUGUGGAUCUCUGUCACCCAUGGUUUUUCUCGUAUCCAUGGAUGAUCUAUACAAAAUUCUAUGCAAUGUUUUCUGUAUUUGUGCACAGUGCUAGUCUAUGGUUUACUGUUAAUAUGGCAGUGAUGAGGUAUCUAGUUUUGUAUCGCGGAAGUCGUUCACAAACCCGUCUACCUCAGUGCAAUAGUUAUGCGGCAGCAUUCAUAGCCAUCGUCAUCGGCGCUAUCAUCGCUUUAAUUGGCAGUCUUCCAAAUAUGCUUCGCUACAAUGUAGUUUUUCGAUCACAAAUGCAUGUUCCAAAGUACUGCCUGGCUAGCAAAUAUCAUGCUUCAUGGAGUGAAGAUAGUAUAAUAGAAGUUUACGACCUAAAACAACCAAGUUGGUAUAACUGCGCAUGGGAACGAGUAAAUUUUUGGAUGGCUGGUAAGUCUGCUUUUCUACUAGAUUUUCUACACAGUGAACUUCUAAUAUCGAAAAAUCUCAACAUUUUUCCAGCAUGUGUCUUGAAACUGAUUCCUUGUGUUCUGCUCACCGUAUUUAUGACUUUGCUUGUUCUAAUGCUUAUCGAAGCUCGCGAGAGACGAUCACGACUUUGUGGUGGUUUAGCUACUGGUAAUUCACAAGCCGAGCGAACCACAGCAAUGCUUACCGGCAUCGUAGCUGUGUUUCUUAUCACCGAAUUGCCUCAGGGAAUACUUGGUUUAGCUGUCGGUACGUACUAUUGUGAUAAUUUAUUCAUUGCUUACACUGUAGUUGUCCCACAAAUGCUGAUGAAAAAAGUUGAAAAUAGUGAAAUCUAG